CCGACCAAUCAGAGGCGGGCUCCGUGCGGCUGCGUCCCUCCCUCCGGUCGAGCGAACACAACAGAUCCAGUGAACUGGUCCUAAUAGCGCCCUACGAAUCUUUCGUCCUCCGUGAACCCUGACCACCCGGCCGCACGUCCUUCUACCAGAGCUUGGCUGUUGAUCAGGUCGGACAUGUCUGAACUGUUUAUGGAAUGUGAGGAAGAGGAGUUGGAGCCAUGGCAGAGACCAGCUCCGGAGGUGACCCUGGUGGAAGAUGAUGACGACGACGAUGAGCCCAUCUUUAUCGGAGAGCUUGUAAACAGCCCAAAGGUGGUCAAACCCAGCCCUUCACCUGUACGGAUCGUAAUCCCUAGACAGGAAGCCCCGCCCCCAGCCCCCAGAGGGGCCACGCCCAUCAUGCUGUCAGCCAGUGUCCCUGGCAACGGAGCGAUGACGUCACCACCCCCCUUACCAACCAUACCCCCCCACCCAGUAAUCAUCAAUAGCCAGUUGUGCGUUAUGUCUUAUCAGGGAUACAUCGUUCAACCGCAUCAACUGGGGCCCGCCAACCUCCUGGCCACGCUCGGAAAACAGUACCCGCCCGGGACCUCCUUCACCAUCGUCCCAGCUGGUCAGCCGCACCUCCUCCCGUUGCUGCCCCAGGCCAGGAUCAUGCCCGGGGUCGUCCACAGACCCCAAGUGAAGCUCAACAACAACGUGGUCACCCUGUCCAACGUCCAGAACCCUGCCGUCUACUCCUCCCCCGCUCCGCAGCCGCCAGAGAUCCAGCCGCCCAAACCUCCGCCCGUUGACAUCUGCUCCGUGACUGCGACGAGUCCGACCGAGAGCAAAGGAGAUCGAAGCUUGCUGAAACGGCGAUUAAUGCCAACGCAAAACGAGGUCAAGACAAAGAAAGUCAAACUAGAGCCAGUACAAAAUAACAAAGCAGUCGAUGCACAAUACGUCUACAAGAAGAAGUGUUACAAAUGCAAAGUAAUCUUCCAUCAUCAGGAAGCUCUGAAGUCUCACCUGAAGAACUGCUCUGGCAAACCUGUGGAAAUGGUUUCCCCAUCGCCGCCUCCAAGCACAGUCGCUCCAGUCCAAGUCGUGAACCCCAAACACAUCCUGCUGGUCGGAGAGUUCUACUACGGGCGCGUGGAGGGCGACUGGCAGAUGCAGAGGCAGGAGCAUAAAACCAACACCACUUUCAAGUGCCAGAGCUGCUUGAAAGUGCUGAAGAACAACAUCAGAUUCAUGAACCACAUGAAGCACCACCUGGAGCUGGAGAAGCAGAGCAGUGAGAGCUGGGUGAGCUACACCACCUGCCAGCACUGCUACCGGCAGUACAUGACCCCCUACCAGCUGCAGUUGCACGUGGAGCGGGCCCACAGCCCGCUGGCGUCCUCAACUAACUGCAAGAUAUGCGAAUUGGCGUUUGAGACGGAACAGGUCCUACUGGAACACAUGAAGGAGACCCACAAGCCUGGAGAGAUGCCGUACGUGUGCCAGGUUUGCAAUUUCAGGUCCUCAUUCUUCAUGGAAGUGGAGGCUCAUUUCAAAGUAGCUCACGACAACACGAAAGACCUCCUGUGCCCGUUCUGCCUCAAAGUGCUCCGAAGUGGACACUCGUACAUGCAGCAUUACAUGAAACAUCAGAGAAAAGGCAUACAUCGCUGUGGAAAAUGCAGGCUGAACUUUCUGACCCACAAGGAGAGGGUGGACCACAAGAUCAACUUUCACAAGACUUUCAAGAAACCAAAAGCACUUGAAGGCCUUCCACCUGGAACUAAGGUGACCAUCCGGGCGUCUCUAGGAGGUACCGUCUCCUCAUGCAACCCGUGCCCCAGCGGCAACACUCCUGAUGCUCAACCUCCUAAACCUGCCAAGUCCAAACCCAAACCCCCCCAGGCCCUGGGGAGGGCCAAGACUGCUCAGCCCAAGAGGCAGCAGGAGGCGCGAGUGUCAAAGAAGAACACGGCUCUGAAGAACACCAGAAUCGGUGGAGGGCCACACACUUGUAUCGAGUGUUCCACAGAGGUCACUGACUUCUUCUCUCACUAUCCAAUGAUUUCGAACUGCGGCGCGUGCAAAUACCAGACGAGCUGCAAAGUCUCAAUCUCCAAUCAUAUGAUAAGGUAUCAUAGUACAAUAUCGAAGGAUAGAUUCAAGAGGAUGGGGAGUCCGAGAAUGUCGAAUCCAACAGUUAAAUCUCUGAGCUGCCUCUCCUGUGACUUCCUGGUGGGGGCCUUAGAAGGGGACAAGAUGACCAAGCAUCUGACGGACGACUCGGACCACGUGUGCCGGGUCAUUGAGCGGAAAGUUGCUGCUCCUGCACCUGGUGUGAUGUUACAGUCCACCAACUUUGACUCUAUGGGCUCUAUGACCGGUCCGCGCCCCCCCACCCUUAAGCCGCGGGCUCCUGCUGGAAUAGCUGAAGGCCAGGAAAGAGUGAUACAGGAGGUAGCGCACAAAAGUGAAAGUGGAACCGAGAGUGGUAUGAGAGACGGAACGAGAGCAAGACAGACACUAAGAGAGCGAGAGAGUUUGUGCAAAGGAAAUGUUCAUGCACAAACCCUCAUUAUGGAAAACAAACGUAGAAAUGCAUAUAAUGCAGCUUUUAAGUUAAAGGCAGUCAAUCUGGCUGUAAAAGAAGGAAACAGAGCGGCUGCACGUGGCCUUGGCAUCCAUGAGUCGAUGCUGCGACGUUGGAGAUGCCAGCGGGAAGAACUGUCUCAAUGCAACAAGUCAAAAAAAGCUUUCAGAGGUAAUAAAAGCAGAUGGCCCAAACUUGAAGACUUUCUUGAAGAUUGGGUGAACACACAGAGAGCAGACGGCCGAGGUGUUUCCACCGUGCAGAUCCGACUGAAAGCUAAAACGGUCGCCACCGAAAUGAAAAUUGAAAAUUUUAGUGGUGCACCAUCCUGGUGUUUCAGAUUUAUGAGACGAAAGGGACUGUCCAUCAGGGCGCGGACGACUGUGUGACGGCAACUCCCUCCCUCCCACAAGGAAAAAAUAACAAACUUCGGCGAAUUCACACAAAGAAAGAUAGAGGAAUAUUCCAUCGGACCGGACCAGAUCAUAAAUAUGGAUUAAGUGCCUUUGACGUUUGACCUGCCUCUCACUAGGACUGUUAACAUGAAAGGUGAAUCGUCCAUCACGUUGAGAACCACUGGCCACAAGAGAACGAAGUUCACUUGUGAUCUUGUCUGCACAGCAUCUGGAUUAAAGCUUCCGCCAAUGGUGAUUUUUAACCGAAUUACAAUGCCGAAAGAAAAGAUCCCGAACGGCAUCUCCUUUAAAGUCAACAAGAAAGGGUGGAUGAUGGAAAGCGUAAUGAAUGAGUGGCUGAAUGAGUGCUACGUCAAGCGCCCGGGAGGAUUCUUGCGCCAAAAAAAAGCUUUGCUUGUUUUGGACAGCAUGAGGGCCCAUAUAACGGAUUAUGUGAAAGCAGCCAUCAAGAGCACAAACUCGAUUCCAGCUGUGAUUCCUGGGGGCACAACGAAGCAUCUGCAGCCACUCGACAUCAGUGUCAAUCGUGCGUUCAAAGUGGCACUACGCAUGCGAAGAGCAACUUUAGCUCAAGUUUGCGAGUGGAUCCCGGUAGCGUGGAGGAGUGUCAAAACAUCCACGAUCAUUAACGGGUUCUGAAAGGCUGGACUCCUGCGUGAUAAAGAGGAGGAGGACGCCGCCACAGCUGAGGCCCUUGAGAGGCUGUUAGAUUCCGACAGUGACGAAGAGGAGUUUGUUGGUUUUGAGAGCGACCCCGAAGGAGAGGGGAGAGUGGCUGACGAAGCCACCCUGAGGCUGUUCGUGUCGGACAGACGGAGAUGACUUGACUUCUCUGUUUACAGCGGUGUACUGCACCUUAGCCUAAAAGAUGAAGACGAGGAUUAAUGACUUUUCUGGUAGGCUGAUUACCGUAUGUUUUAAGCAGCCGUGUUGCUGCAACUUUAGGCUUACGCAUUUACUGUCGUGUUACAGGCGGUUUAUUUUGAACUUUUAAAAAAACACAUUUAAUCUAGCCAUUGAUAUUUCCUCGUCAAGCGCUGUAAGCUUUGUUUUUUUGUUAUGGUACUACUGUAGGCUAUAAUGUCGAUACAUAUUCAAAGAUGUGCACACUUUUUCAAGGUUUUUCAAAAAUAGCCAAAGUUAAGUGGUAAAAUGAUUGUGACGCUAUUAACUAAUUUAGCUGGGGAACCCGUAGCACUCCCUCAAGGAUCACUGGUUGACCAAAAAAGUUUGAAAGUUGAAAAGUUUGUGUGUCUGAAACGCUAUGUGAUGCAGUACCGUUUACACUGCAUAGUAUGUGUUCUGUAGCUACUAUUGCACUAAAUGGUAACGCUUGAAUACGUUAUGCAAAUAUGCAACUUGUUUGUUGAAAUGCUAAUAAAUGGGAGUUUCCUCAAGCAGCCA